CAUGUAUGAUGAAACGUCACUGCCACGUCGAGGACCAACUGCACGCGCGUCCCUGCUGGUUCACGAAACUUCUUUCAAACACUUUUAGUUAUCUGUUUAACGUGCUGUCUCUUCAGCAGCUGGGAGUGUGGCAGCAUGCUGCUGGCCGUGCUGAGCUGCCUCUGCUCCUCCCUGCUGGUGUCUGUCCGCGGGGGGAAGCUGCCUGAAGCCGAGGUGGAGAUAGAUGUUCUGCACAGACCUUUCCUCUGUCGCCGAAAAUCAAAGUACGGAGACCUCCUGCUGGUGCAUCAGGAGGUCUACUUUGAGAAUGGGACGAUGGUUUACACCAGUCGAACCGAUGGUGACAAGCAUGCAAUGUGGUUUACACUGGGCAUCAGAGAAGUGAUCAAAGGCUGGGAUAAAGGCCUGCAAGACAUGUGCUCCGGAGAGCAGAGGAAACUCGUCGUACCUCCAGCCCUGGCCUAUGGGAAGGACGGGAAAGGUAAGAUCCCACCUGAAAGCACACUGACCUUCGUCGUCUCGCUGCUUGACAUCAAAAACGGACCGAGGUCACACGAGUCCUUCCAGGAGAUGGACCUCAACGAUGACUGGAGGCUCUCCAAGCAAGAGGUGAAAGUGUAUCUGAGGAAAGAGUUUGAGCGUCACGGCUACCCUCCCAACGACACUCUGCAUGAGAACAUGAUGGAGGACAUCUUCGCCAAAGAGGAUGCGAACAAAGACGGCUUCAUAUCCUCCAGAGAGUUUACUUACAAACACGACGAACUUUAAAGUCGUUCGCACUCGCCCGGUGUCUUCCAGCUCUCGAUGAUGUGGUGGAAAUGUGAACUUUUGAUAUUUUGUUUCAGUUAAAUGGGUGUUUUUAAUUAAUAGGCCGUAAGUGAUCAUCUUCCACGGCAGUCUUGACGACUUGACAUGAAAAGCAGGUGUAACCGAGAACAUGUCCGCUCGGUUACAUUGUCUUUCCGUGCUCCCGGUAAACCAGUUUACGCAACACUCGGGCGCUGGCACGAAGCAGCCAUCGUUGUUGUUAUGAGAGACACCUGUUUGACGUGUAUAAACAGCUGUGGGAAAGGUGCACUGCAGUAUCAACGCUGAAAGGAUAUACUGUUGAACUUCUUCAACAUACUUCGAAAUCUCAUUCUUACACAUUGAAAUUAAAAAAUUAAUAAUUCUCUGUACAAUCCAAGGAUUUCAGAUAUUACAAACACACACGUCUGAAACCACUAAAUGUUCCCACAGUGCACACGUGAAUCUAGACUUUCUCGUUUCUAUGAGCUUCUUUAAUACAAACGCGUCAAGACUAAACUCAAGAGGCAGAUUUUAAUGUUCUAUUUUACAACCAAUGUGAUCAAUAAAAGUAAACUUUUUAAAACAAAA